AUGAAAUUGUUGAAAUACCUUCUCGGUGGUUUAGCAGUGACUGCGGCUAUUGGUACGGGCGUGGUCGUGUACAAAUGGUGGAAAGGGAGAAAGCAGGUGAGAAACAGGCAUUUUGCACCGGCUUUCCUUCCUUUUGGGGGACCGUCGCUCUAUAAAUUAAAGGAAAUGAAAUAAGUUGUAUUUAGGAGCGCAAGCAAGAUAACGAGUUUAACUGAUACGAUGACAAAAAAUAAUGUUAUAUGUUCGACAACAGAAAACGAAAAAAAAUGCAAAUACUUGUAAAGCCGAUUCGAUCUGGAUGUAUCCUUUUGGCCACGAGCAAUGAAUAUCGCAGUGGAAACAUAUAGACCCAGGCCAUCUCUUGGUAGUGUUUUUUUCUCAGUUAGUUUAGCAUAGAUUCAAGCGAGAAAUAUUCAUUGAAAUAACUAAAAAAGAUUCACGUACUCCGGCUCUGGUAAGACUGAACCAAAAGAAUAUUUUUGCUUGAUUUUUCGGCACUAAGAUGAACACUGUUGUAUUUCACAGAACGAUGUCGAUGACUACGACGAAGAAAACAACCAUCCUGAACUGAGAUUCGGAGUUUACAAGAAUCCGAUCGACGGUCCUUCCAGGAGACUGGAACCAGGGGAAUAUUACAAUCCAGCUUGA